AUGAGGAGUCUCUUUUUUCUCGCAUCUUUAGGCCUUGUAGCCGCUGAAAACGGCUUAGAUGGCUGGCUUCGUUACGCUUCGCUGCCAUGCUCCCACGAAUGUCAAUCUAAGCUCCCUGCCAGCAUCGUGGUGCUCAACGCGACGAAGACGAGCCCCAUAUAUGUUGCAGGCUCGGAAAUACAAGACGGAUUGAAGAGUAUCUAUGGAUCUCAUGCCCAAAUCAGCAAGAGCCAAUGCAAGACAUCUUCUUCUGUUGUCGUCGGUACAGUGGAACAAUAUCGCAAGGCUUGUGGAUCAUUGAGCGAAAUUCCAGAGCUCGCAGAGGAUGGGUUCUGGCUCAGCAUCGACGGACGGAAGAUUCGUAUUCUCGGAUCCACUGAGCGUGGUGCACUCUACGGUGCCUUUGAGUAUCUGUCGAUGCUGGCACAGGGCAACUUCUCCACGGUCUCCUACGCCACGAGCCCAUCUGCGCCAAUUCGCUGGGUGAACCAAUGGGACAAUAUGGACGGUAGAAUUGAGCGAGGGUACGGUGGGCCUUCGAUAUUUUUCAAUAAUGGGGCCAUUGUCGACGACUUGACUCGAGUUAAGCAAUAUGCCCGCCUGCUGGCCUCGAUUCGAAUCAACGCUGUGGUGGUCAACAACGUUAAUGCCAACGCUACUUUACUUACCCCGGACAACCUCAAGGGACUUGGCCGGAUCGCAGAUGUUUUCAGGCCGUACGGCAUUCAAGUCGGCAUCUCCCUCAAUUUCGCAUCCCCCGAAGACCUAGGUGGACUAGACACUUUCGAUCCGCUCGAUCCAUCAGUCAUUAGCUGGUGGAGCAACAUCACCGAGCAGGUGUAUCAGCAUGUUCCAGAUAUGGCGGGAUACCUGGUCAAAGCGGAUUCGGAAGGACAGCCGGGCCCUCAAACAUACAAUCGUACAUUAUCUGAGGGCGCAAACCUCUUCGCCAAGGCAGUGCAGCCAUACGGAGGCAUUGUCAUGUUCCGUGCCUUUGUCUACAACAAACUCAACGAGUCCAACUGGACGGCAGAUCGUGCUAAUGCUGCCGUGGACUUUUUCAAGGACCUCGAUGGCGAAUUUGAUGAGAAUGUUGUGGUGCAAAUUAAAUACGGACCCAUCGAUUUCCAGGUUCGCGAGCCGGCAUCUCCAUUGUUCGCUAAUCUCUUCAACACGAGCACUGCCAUUGAACUCCAGGUCACUCAGGAGUAUCUGGGACAGCAAUCUCAUCUCGUCUAUCUACCUCCUCUGUGGAAGACCAUCUUGGAUUUCGAUUUACGGGUGGAUGGCAAGUCUUCUCUCGUGCGUGAUGUUUACACCGGUAAGCGGUUUAAUCGGAAAUUGGGUGGUUCAGCCGCUGUUGUCAAUGUUGGUACCAACACAACCUGGCUGGGAAGUCACCUCGCUAUGUCAAAUCUCUACGCAUACGGCCGACUUGCAUGGAACCCGGCAGAUGAUGCCACGACUAUGCUGCAAGACUGGAUCCGGCUGACAUUCGGCCUGGAUCAAACAGUGCUUAGCACUAUCACGAAAAUGUCGAUGGAGUCAUGGCCCGCAUAUGAGGGCUACAGUGGAAACCUUGGAAUUCAAACAUUGACCGAUAUCCUGUACACUCACUACGGACCCAACCCAGCUUCUCAAGAUAACAAUGGAUGGGGCCAAUGGACCCGCGCAGACCACAAUGGCAUUGGGAUGGAUCGCACUGUGAGCAACGGCACAGGCUUCUCAGGGCAGUAUCCCGACGAGCUUGCUACUAUAUACGAAAAUAUUGACAGUACACCGGAUGAUCUUCUGCUGUGGUUCCAUCAUGUCAAUUACACAUAUCAACUUCACUCCGGCAAGACAGUCAUUCAGCACUUCUACGAUGCGCACUACACCGGUGCGGCGACGGCGCAAACAUUCCGCACACAGUGGGCGUCACUGGAGGGGAAGAUCGACGAUGGGCGAUACAAUCACGUCCUUCGUCGACUUGACUAUCAAUCCGGGCACUCAAUCAUCUGGAGAGACGCGAUCAACAAUUUCUAUCACAACCUCUCUGGUAUCCCCGACACGGCUAAACGUGUUAACCAUCACCCGUGGCGCAUCGAAGCGGAGAGCAUGAAGUUGGACGGAUACAAGCCCUAUACGGUGAGCCCUUUCGAGACCGCCUCUGGUCCCGUUGCUAUUGUGACUGCCUCGAAUACAACUGUCGGCACGGCUACUACCAAGAUCAACUUCGCCUCUGGAACAUACGAUCUGGCAGUGAAUUACUAUGACAUUUUUGGAGGGCAGUCUCAAUGGCAGGUCUACUUGAAUGACAAGCAGGUUGGUGAAUGGGUGGGGAAUAGUGAGGAUGUUUAUAGCCACACCCCGUCUAUCUAUUUGGAUGGACACUCGGCUAUUCGCAUCAAGUUCCGUGGAGUCAAAGUCAAGAAGGGCGAUACACUGAAGAUUGUGGGCAGGCCUGACGGGGUUGAGCCAGCUCCUCUCGACUAUGUGUCAUUCUUGCCUGAGGGGGUGGUGGAUUAA